AUGCAAAAUCCUAUCCCUUUGAAACCAGAAAAUAAAUUACUAAAUCUAUCCAUCGAUACUAAUUCUGCUGCUCCUAAUAAGAACAAACAGUAUUUAAAAGAUAUUACAGAUAUGGAUGGUGAUGACAUGGAUGUAGAUAUUGAUGUUACUGGUAUUAAAACACCAUUGAAUUUUUUUAAACAGCCAAAUUUUUCAAUUAAUCAUUUCAAUGAAAAUAAUUCUUCGUCUAUUACUCCAUGUAGCACACCAUUAAAUUCAACAACAACAACGACAAAUUUCUACAAAUCAAAUCAAAAUCAAAAUAGUAAUAUGUCUUUAGCAAGUACAGUAUCUGAUUAUCCAAACUAUAAUGGUAAACAAGAUAAAACAAAACAACAAUUUAUUAUAAAUUCGUCAAAGUAUUUUAAUAUUGAAUUUACUAAAUUACUAUUAGAAAUUUAUUCAGAUUUUGCAAGCGAUCCAUUAGUAACUCCAUUCGAUUAUUCAAAUCCACCAUCUGGCGUAUUAAAUAGAGUGGCAAAGAUUUCAGUUGAAGAGAGCAAAAAAAAGAAUAUAGAAAUUGGUGUUGAUACAAAUAAUUGGUUAUUAACAUUAAUUAGAUUUAAAUUACAACAAGAAAUUAAAAACGAAUUUGCAAACUCAAGAGCGAAUUCAGUUACUUCGGUUUCUUCUAGCAUACCAACAAAUUUACAAACAAACUUCAAUGAUCUAAUAAGUAAUUAUGCAAACAAUAUUAACAACACUAAUUCAACAUGUAAUAAUAAUAUCAACAAUACACCUAUUGCUUCAGGAAUAUUACAACCAGCUGCAUUCGAUUAUUUUUCAAGACCUAUAAGUACACAAGAUAUAAUAUCAAAUAACUGUGGAAAUACACUAUCAAGAGGUCCAUUAACUCCAGUUAGUGGAUUGCCACCAAAUUUAGCUCAAUUAACUAGACCAAGAAGUAAUUCUUCACAAACAUUCGCUCAUUUACCGUCACUUUCAAGGACAGCAUCGCACAAUUUAUUAUUACAAAAUCAGCAAAGGUAA